GUUCCUUAUAUAUCCGCCUUCCGCUUCCUUCUCGGCGGUCUGGUGGUGGUGUGCAUGUUGCUCUCUAUCGUGCCCGGACCUGGCAAACAAAGCUGGAAACUGGGAUCCGAAAGGGGAUGCUGACCGAAAGGGGAAGCCAAAGAGCCUUUUCAACGGUAUCUGAUGUUGAACACGUGUAACUGGAUUGCUAGAGGCACGUACUGCAUGUAUCCAUCCUGCGAAAGAAUUGGAUCUAAUCAUGACUUUGCUAGAAGGCCCUCUGCCCAGUCUGCUGCUUGAAGCAAGAAGCUAAGCAAAUGGCACGCAGGAAAAAACCAAAGGACUCUCGAACUGCAGAUGUGGCAGCCAUCUUCUUGUACAGAUUGCUGCCUUGGGGCCGGCUAUGCCGUUGGUCCAGCCCAUUCCUGCAAUUCCUUGUCUUGAGCGUUGUGACAUUUGGUGUGAUUGCUCCCUUCACUUGCCGAGACCUCCUACAUUCUUACUUCUACAUGCGUGGUUGGUACCUGAGCUCAAUGACCCAACAUUUUUUAAAGCAGAACCAAGAGGAAGGCUUGAGUGCUCUCCGUUACUUCGAGCGACUGAAGAAUACAUCAGAGAAGUUGACCAAAGAGGCCUUGCCACCGUGGUUGCUGAUUACCAUCAUUACUGUCCAAAGGAGGCCGGAACUCCACUAUGUCCUUCAAGUAGCAGCCCACUUCCACCGCCUGCUCCAGGAAUGUGGCCCUUCUUGCCAGCACCAUCGGCUCUUACUCUGUAACGUGGAAACAGAUCCCAGCAACCACCAGGAUGCUAAGCUGCUUGCCACUUUCUUUGCUGUGGUGAACCGCUACAGCGGUCAGGAAAAUUUAGAUCUCUUCCCAAACCGUUUUGAGAAGGAGAAGCAAGAUUACACCUAUUGCCUUGAGAAAUCACUUCAGCUGUAUAGACCAGAACAUGUCCUGUUGGUGGAAGAUGAUACCCUCCCAGAAAAGGAGUUCUUUCCAGUCCUCCAUCACUUGUUAAAGACACGAUUCUCAAAGCCCCACCUCCGAGAUGCUCUCUAUAUCAAACUGUAUCAUCCCGAGAGACUUCAACAUUACAUCAAUCCAGAACCCAUGAGGAUCCUGGAAUGGCUCGGAUUAGGCAUGUUUUCAGGAUCCUUCUUGGGCUUUGUCUACUCAUGGGCAUCCAGCCGCUCCAGCCUUAGUUGGUCCAUUGUGUUGUUUUUUGCCCUGUACAGCAUGCUGCUAGUAGAGCUGGUUGGGCGCCACUAUCUCUUGGAACUUCGACGCCUGGCGCCAUCCUUCUACAACAUUAUGCCUGUGACCGAAUGCUGCACUCCAGCCAUGGUGUUCUCUGCUCCUUCAGCACACCGUGUUCUGGGUUACAUGAAAGAAGUUCAGUGUCGCCUCGGUUUUGCCAAAGAUAUUGCUCUUUAUUCACUGCUGCGUACCAAGGGCGAGCGUGCGUUUGUGAUUGAGCCCAAUCUGGUGAGACAUGUGGGGAUAUUUUCCUCUGUCAGGGUCAAUGAAAACCCAGAGCUGCUUUGACUUUUCAAUAUUUUUUUAAGGACUGAAACAGAUGAGCAAAUACUUGCCGAGCUUUGCUGCACUGAGCCAUCUCCAGUUGCAAGCUGGGGCUUGAAUCAAAUCAAAUAAUUAAGGUCAAUAAUGUUCUCUAGGAGUAAGCUUGGAAUUGUUUUCUAGCAUUCUAUGUUUAAAAAAAGAGAGAGUACACAAUAGCUCUAAAUCAGCCUUCCACACGAUGCCCUUCCACUGUGAGGUUGCAAUUCCGAGAAUCCCAGCCAAUGUGGCUGGUGGUAGUUUUGACUUACAAAUUCUAGGUUGUGAAAGUUAGCUCUGAUUGAUAGCUUACAGAUAAUGAAUAAGAGUUCCUCAGUUUUGUAGAAAUACCAGAGAUGAUGCUUUAACUUUUGGGUAUCAACUUAUAAAUUAUUUUUAAAUGGUUCUUUCCCAUAAUCAUGAAGCAUUAACUGAAAAGAGAAACUAUUUUUUAAAUUGCCUUAGUCUAUCUUUUCUGAGCUGAUGCCUUCGAGAUAUGUUGGCUGCAAAAUUGCCAACACUGCCCGUCAAUCUUCUGGAGGCUUGCAGUCCUAACCAAUCAAAAGGAUGCCAGCUUGGGAAGACUGGUGUACAUUCAAAGACAAAUGAUCAUUUUCAGUGAAAGUGUUAGGCCUGCGAUAAAUCUUAACAUUUCUUUCUUUCUUGUUCCAAAUCUUUCAUCUCUUUGUCACUUUCUCAUGAGCCAUUUAAGUGGGCUUUUGUGCAUACCUCCUGAAUAUUAAAGAUCCCUUGCAAAUGGCAAGCUCUCCUUGCUUGUAGAAACUUUUAAGUCAGCAACAAGGUAAGGUUGCUCAAUUUGAAGCAGCUAAAAUGGUUGGAGAUAGUUGAAUUAUGCGUUAUCCUAAUCUGUGUUUACAACAGAGUUGGCACGGCUGAGAAAAUGAAAAAGCCCAUUAGACUGAAUGAAAAGUCUAAUGAUGCUAAUAUUGUGGACAUAGUCAUAGCUGCAGAAAGUUUGAUUGUGCUCAAAUGUGGCUCUUCCUUUGCCCUAUCUAUUCUUGUCCCCUAUAUUAGUGACCCUGAUGGUAUAUCUUAUACCAAAGGCUCAGAUCACUCCAUUAACAGAUUUCUAGAAUCAGCUGAUCACCAGAAAUCCUAAAUCCUAAUCCUAAAACCCUCCAUCUAUGAAUUAGAAUUGCCAUGUCAAUUGCCAGCUAAUUUUGGCUUAGCAGUUUCUUACCGUUCCUUUUUCAUUUUGUUUUUCCCAAGGCAGGAAACCCUUGAAAUAUUUUCUACAACUGCCCAUCCCAAUCGGUUGCUUUCUUUUGAAAUGUACUGAUAGUACUGUUUAAAAAUCAGAUGCGCAUCAUUCAAAACCAUUCUAAAGGAAAUGUGACGUUCUCAUUUCUCUUGAUUUCCUCUGCAUUUGCUACCUCCUACUUCACAUACUACUCACACUGUUCCCUGUUAAUGGGCUUAUUAAAAAAUACAAGUGCCUUACUUAGAUGAUACCUAAACACUUUUAUAGAGAAGCUUUUUCUUCCUCUGACUCUGGGAAUCUGUGAGAAGAGCACGGCUUUUUCCAC